CUUACAAAUGUCAGCACACAAUCCACACGGAUUUGACGAUUUAUUCAAUUAAUUGAUAUAAUUCACAAUGGACGGUCGUGCAACAAGAGUGAAUGUGCGCUACAUGUGGAUAGCAUCACGGCUCCAUUCAAAGACCACCUGAUGUACUAAAAAAGGAGGGGAAACCACGAGAACCGUAGUCGGUCGGUCGCAUCCCUGACGGCUCCUCUAGGCGUGAAGAUGGCGGCUCCAGCACCGAGCAGCCGCACCGGAUCCGUUAGCAGUAGUCUGGGAAACAGUCCGACCGCGACACCGGGACCGGGCGGCUUAAACAACGGCCACAAGCUGUGGUGCUGCCAUGAGCUGGAUUUCAGGUCCGGGGUGAAGAUAGAGGAGCUCAACAGACUCAUCCAUGAAUUCAGUAAACAAGACCAGCGAGAGUACGAUGACCAGAGGGCGCUGGAAAUACACACUGCCAAGGAUUUCAUCUUCUCUAUGCUUGGCAUGGUGCAAAAACUGGACCAAAAGUUGCCUGUUGCAAACGAGUACCUACUGCUGUCCGGUGGAGUUCGAGAAGGUGUUGUGGACAUGGAUGUCGAUGAGCUUGGCGUUUACAACCGAGGCUCGGACUACGACAUGGCUUUCACACUGCUGGUUCCUGCACUGAAGCUCCACGACCGGAACCAGCCUGUCACGCUGGACAUGCGCCACUCAGCACUCGGGCACUCUUGGCUCAGCUUGCGACUUUUUGACGAGGGAACGAUCAACCGUUGGCGGGACUGCUGCACCCUCACUGACCAUUUGAACGGUACCACCAACUACUUCUUCUCACCGACAAUGGUUGCUGAUUGGUUCCAAGAAGCUGUGGGACUGGUGCUGGCUGAAUUACAGCGCAAGCCACAAAGGGGUACCCCAAGGGUGGAAAGAGUUGAGCGUCACAGCACGCUGCUGUCCAUGGUUUUAGGAGUAGGCAGCAGUCGCAUGCUUUAUGACAUCGUUCCUGUGGUGUCGUUUAAAGGCUGGCCUGCGGUGGCUCAAAGCUGGUUGAUGGAGAACCACUUUUGGGAUGGCAAAAUAACAGAGGAGGAGGUCAUCAGUGGGUUUUAUCUUCUCCCUGCAUCCUCGGCAUCAGGUUGUCGGGAAAACGAGUGGCGUCUUUCUUUUGCCCGGAGCGAGGUGCAGUUGAAAAAAUGCAUCUCACCAGGGCUCAUGCAAGCUUACCAGGCAUGCAAGGCUAUUGUUGUAAAACUGCUAGCCCAACCUACAGCGAUCAGUCCUUAUUACUUGCGCAGCAUGAUGUUGUGGGCGUGCGACCGACUACCUGCAACCUACUUGUCGCAGGACGACUAUGCUGCAUACUUCCUCCUAGGUCUUAUCGAUGACCUGCAGCAUUGCCUUGUCAACAAAGCCUGUCCAAACUAUUUCAUCCCACAGUGCAACAUGUUGGAGCAUCUGUGCGACGAGACAGCCAUGUUUCAUGCUCGUAAGCUAGCGCUGGUACGGUCGGAUCCGGCCGAGCACCUGCGCUCCAUCAUCGAACAGGCCAAGGCGUCCAACAGACUGACGCAGGAGAUGCAGCGCUGCGGGAGCUCCUCGGGACUGCCCUCUCCGCUGGCAGAUUCCUCUUUGGCAGAUCAUCAGCAGCCAGAUGACCGGCUGGCCAAGAAGCUACAGCAGUUGGUGACUGAGAAUCCAGGCAAGUCCAUCUCCGUGUUCAUCAACCCUGAUGACGUCACUCGACCUCACUUCCGCAUUGAUGACAAGUUUUUCUGAAAACUAAGGUCUGUUUAUCUGUUAUAGUUGAUGUGGGACACUUCCCUGAAGUUGAAGCUGUGUCUCUCCAUCUGAAUACAUCAGACCAGAGAGCAUCUUCUGGAAGAAAUGAACUGCCAUGGUUGUAAAGUCCGCAUGAUGCGGAAGCUGACUUUUAUUUCAAUAUGAUGACGUACUUCUUACUGAAAUGGAAUAUUGAGUAGGGUGCAAGGAUUUCUCUUUGUGCUUCAUUCCCUCAUAGCAAACUAACUGUAAGAGGGGCUGUGGUUAAGAAUAUUGUGAGCGGACUUUGUCAAACUGACAUCAACAGAAGUAUCGCCACUAAAACGCAGAAGCAAAUGGUCAGACUUUGAUUGAAGGAUACCAAAAUAAACAUUCGUUUUUUUAAUGGAUUAAGUUGCACUGAUUAAUUGUUUACCUAAACAUUAACAAUGUGCGCUAGCAAAAUAAACAUUGUACGUUUGGAUUUCACAUGCACUAUAAGAUUGGCCUUACUGAGUGGAAUAUCACACCCAGAGUGUGAAGUUCAAAGUAUCGUGGAUUUCAUAUCAUCAUAGUACAUCUGAGAUGAAGAGCUGUUUAAGAAAAGCAUAUUCUAGGCAAUGGUUUAAAUAGUGCUGUAUAUGAAAACUAGGCUUGGGUACUGAAACCCAGUGCCAUACCUAUGUAACCGGUAUGCACCGGACUGAAUCAAUAUAAAUUUCGGUGCCUAAUUUCGGUGCCACUGGUGCUGCGACAAGGACCUAAGAAGCAUCAAGGUAUACAUCCAAAGGCACACAUAGGUACACAUUGUGUCACACCAUCUCUAAACAUUUAAUUCUAAACAACUUUGAAGGAUACGGACACCGUCUGCAAUGUUAGGCGCUUAUUCUUGUUGGGGAUUGCAUGCAGGCAACGUGUUCAGUACAGCGCAUCCGGUGAGCGCCUCCCUUCAGAUUCAUCAACACGUUCAUCAAAUUUGCUUAAACUUAAGGCUGAUUUAUACUUCUGCGUCAAGCACACGCAUAUACUGUGUGGAUGCAGAGCCCUCGUCAUGGCCGUUGCCGAAGCUUACACGCACCUCUCAAAAAUUUAACUACAUGUCGCAAUGACACGUAGCGCAAGCACUGUCAUUCGGCUUGGUAGCAGUGACAAGUGUGGGCGGGACUGAGAGCCGCGCCAACCUGUUGGAGCGAGUGUCACAUCCAGUGAAGGAGGUCCAGAUGGAAAGUUUUGUUUUGUGUUUACAACCUUAUGAUUAAAGUUGUUGCAUGUCCGCUGGUUCCUGCCUCAAAUGAGCGAGUUUGAGCUACUUCUACAUUAAGGUAGCAUUCAGAAAAAACAAAACACCAGCGAAGAAACUCGACACAGAGGAACAUAAAAACCUGCUGCCAGCUAGUGUUUCGGAAGUGUUAUUGCAGAGCAACACAAAUAGUGUGCAGAGUAUAAAUGCAUGGCAACGUGCAAGGCAUGCACUGUGGGUCAUGCGAUCACUCGACACUGAAAUAUAAACCAGGCUUAAGCGUUCUACUGUAUGGCUAUAUGAAACAUUUAAGGGCACAGGGAAUCUACUUAAAGGCAGAGGAAUGCACUAUGACAACUUGCAACCAUCUGCCACUUUCACUGACCAUGUUUACAUGGACACCAAUACUCAGAUUUUAAUAGGAUUAAGUCAAUACUCUGAUUAAGCGUCUACCACAGGGGUCACCAAUCUCUGUCCUGGAGGGCCGGUGUCCCUGCAGGGUUUAACUCCAACUUGCCUCAACACGCCUGCCUGGAUGUUUCAAGUAUCCCUAGUAAGACCUUGAUUAGCUUGUUCAGGUGUGUUUGAUUAGGGUUGGAGCUAAAAUCUGCAGGACACCGGCCCUCUAGGAACAGGUUUGGUGACCCCUGGUCUACCAUGUCAACAGCGAUAUUUAAUUACCUUAAAGCAGGGGUGUCUAAACUCGGUCCUGGAGGGUCAUUGUCCUGCAAAGUUUAGUUCCAAUCAGACACACCUGGGCUAGCUAAUCAAGCACAUACUAGGCCUUCUAGAAACAUGCUUGCAGGUGAGUUGAGGCAAGUUGGAGCUAAAAUCUGAAGGACACCAGCCCUUCAUAUUGGACACCUCUGCCUUGACGGACCAGAGACAGCCGCGUCAUGAAAUGUGGAGGUUUUUUCUUUCCAUUCGAUGUGCGGUAUGAAAUUUGAUUAAAACAAGACUCUUCCAUUAGUGCUUACUUUAUAUUUUCAUCCAAUACCUGUCACGGGGGAUAAACAAUAUGCUGCUGAAUGAAAGUGAAACUGCCGAUUUGCAAAUAAAGUCAACAAAUAAAAAAUGAAACACCCGAAAUUACUCGAAACUUGGAUACGUGGAUGACGCAAUGACGUUAAUCGAAUUAUGUGCUAUAACAUGUAAAUCAUGAAAGGAACAUUCAAAAAGCAACUCAUGUAAACACCUUAAUCAU